AUGUGUAAUAAUGGGGGUCCAAUCCGUGGAUUUCUCGUCAACCUCGCACAGGAUGUUGAUGCCAAGGUUCUGCAGCUUAACAAUCGUCUAAGCUUUUCGUUCUCACUCCUCUUGAACGGUCACCUAGUCUCCAUUGUUGGUUCAGGUACCAUCGACACAACUAGUCUACUAGCCAGGUGGAAGAUGAAUGCCCCAGUCUACAUGGUCCCGGACCACAUCCUCGUCCUGGAAUCUCUUCCGAUGAUGAACGGCAAGACUGAUUUCAAGGCAUUGAAAGCUAUCAUCAAGGAAUCCAUUGGCUCAACAAUAGAGGAUCCAAUAUCUGCUACCUCGACACUGAGUGAAGCUGUUAUGACAGCUUUAUCUCAAGUAGCGGAUAUUUUAAUUGAUCAAAUUGACGUCAAUCAAUCAGCAAUCAGCUAUGGAAUCAACUCCUUGGCUGCUAUCAAGGUAUCCUCGUUAUGUCGCCAGUACGGGUUUACAGUUCCCGUGCGCGACAUCCUCUUGGAGCCAUCUAUCCAAGCGUUGAUAGGUCGGUGUGACGGGCAGAGAUCUCAUGUCUCCACGCAAGAGACCAGUCUACAGUGCCGGAAGAAAUCAAAGAUCACACCCCUUCAAAAGGCCCUCCUCUUAGCUACCAUGGACAAUCACCAGAUGAACUAUGUGCAACAACUUUCUCAUUAUGCUACAGCUGAUAUCCACCGGGUCAAAAAGGCAUGGGAGGCUGUCGUCUCAGUUGAGCCCAUGUUUCGUACGUCUUUCAGCUGGUCAACAGAGGAACCCAUGCAGAUUGUGCAGCCACAAGCUUCGUUUGCUUGGGAAGAAACAACGGUGAAAUCUCAACAUGAUGUCGACGUGGCGUUCCAGGAAUUAAUCAGCCGUGCCGACCUGGGCAUCGACGGAUUUUCAGCCUCCUUGAUUUUCCAGAAAGUGGAUGCUGCUCUUGAAGGCAGACCCUUUGAGAGCUCUCUCCCGUUCACUAUCGCAGCAAGGGAUAUGGAGCAGCUACGUCGUGAAACACGUACAGAGAUCCAAGAACAUUGGAGUGAUCGUGAGCCACUCAUACCUGAUGCGUGCGGCGACAUAGCAUCUCCAAACGCUAGUUUGCUUAGCCCCCGUCAACCAGGCCACGCUCAGAUUUCUGUAUAUGAGAGUGUAGAUCGGGCAAAAGUCGUAGAAUACGCCUGCGCUGUGAAUGUCACCCCAGCGGCCAUAUUUAAUGCGGCAUGGAUACUGCUGCUCACAACCUACACCAAUUCGGACACAAUCGUGUACGGAAGUGUCUUCUCAGGCCGCAAUCUUCCUUUCUCAUGGGCAGACACCAUGAUAGGCCCGUUGAUUCAAACGUUGCCUGUCCUUGUUCGGGUUGACAGGUCCUCAUCUACUGAAAAGUUUUUGCAGCAGAUUCAUCGUGAAAUCCAAGGCCUGGCUAGCAUACACGUUUCGGAAGUUCCAUCAAACAUACCAGCAUUCUCCACCACAGUUGCUGUUCAAGAUGGUGGGCUGAGGAGAGGAACAACAGCCGUAAAGUGCCUCCAAGAUCCGUCAUUCCAAAAUACUGCAGACAUUCCUCUCAACCUAGUGAUCGACCCAGAUGAGGGUAUUCGCCUCUUCUAUAGGACCGAUAUGUUCUCACUAACUCAGGUGCAAGACAUGGCAGAUAUCUAUGAUAGCAUCUUACACUCCCUGAUUCGCAGCCGGUUCUCUGUGCAGCAGUGUCUCGGCCUGAAAUUCCCCGCGCACAUGCGCGAGAAGAUAUUGACAGCCGGAAACAGUAACUCGACUUCCAGCUUUACAUGCAAUUCGGGUCAAACUAUCAGCAGUCUGUUCCAAUAUUCAACGUGGCACAAUGCUUCAGAAAUCUCCAUUCAAGCAGGAGAGAAGGCUUUGACAUAUACUCAAUUGGCUGAACGUGUGGACAAAAUUACAAGCGUUAUCACUUUGCUCGUCCCCGCUGGUGCAGUCAUUGCAGUUUUGGCAGACCGAUCCAGCAACUGGAUUGUCGGAAUGCUCGCCGCAAUGCAAGCCAACACGGUUUAUUGUCCGGUGGACGCAUCGUACCCUGAGGAAUAUCGUGCUCAGCUCCUUGAACGCAGCGGUGCCCAGGUUCUACUGCUUCCCAAUACUUCGCAAAUGGAAAAGACAGGGCCAAAUGGUCCACUCACACUAGCGAUAGACCAUAUUCUGAACAAAAACAUCAAGCCAGCGGAUUUCCAACCUAGGUUACCACAGCCUAGCUCUACGGCUUAUCUUUGUUUCACUUCUGGGUCCACUGGCCAGCCCAAAGGAGUGCUGUGUAGGCAUCGGGGCGUUGUCGCCCUAUAUUCCUCCGUGUCCGCUCGACCCACAAGCCGUCCCAGCACACGAAUUGGUCAGAUGCUUUCUCCAGGAUUCGAUGGCUGUAUCCACGAGAUUCUCUCGACCGUCUGUUCUGGGGGUACUUUGGUACUACCCCGAGGAAAGGACGAUAAAUUCUCUCACCUGUCAGAUGUGGAUGUAGCAACACUCACCCCUUCCCUGGCUGGAGAACUGGACCCACGAGACUAUCCUAACUUGAAAUCGAUUCACUUCGGCGGAGAACCUGUGCCAGAUGCGUUGGUCGAACGAUGGGCUUCGGACAGAGAGCUUUAUAAUAUUUAUGGGCCCACAGAGGUAUUAUGGCCCAUUCUAUCGAUCAAUUUGAAUAAUCAACCUAUGCUGACGAUCGGUGAAAUAUAUAUCGCCGGGGUUCAGAUAUCCCGCGGGUAUCUUGGAAUUGAAAAGAAGACGACAGAAGAAAUUGUACCUGAUCCAUUUUGCGAGGGCUUUGACCAAGAAAUGAUGUAUCGCUCCGGGGACAUUGGCUUUUUGGAUGAGCAUGGCAACCUGCAUUGCUGUAGUAGAGAUGAUCGGCAGGUCAAACUUCGAGGAUACCGUAUUAACUUGGACGACAUCCCAGCAGUGGUUUAUCGGACGAUGUGCUCGGUCUCCAAAGCCGUCGCAGUCACAGAGAACGGCGCUGUUGUGCUCUGGGUUGAGCCAGAAAUCGAUACAGAGCUACUGAGACGCCAGCUGGCCGUGGCACUGCCACCUCAUUCGGCCCCGAAAAGCGUUUACUCCAUGACAAAGCUGCCCCUAACCAAAAAUGGUAAAUUUGAUAUCAAGGGUCUUGUCUCGAACAAUCACGUCAAACUGGUUCCCAAGUCAAGUCAGCCCCUGAAUUCUCUAGAAGAGACACUUGCAGGCAUCUGGAGACAAUUGUUGACGUUGGACUCCAAGAGGCAAAUAUCAAGCGCAGAUGAUUUUGCCGUCCUCGGUGGUCAUUCUCUCCUCCAACUUGCUCUAGCUGCUCGCAUCAAGAGCCUUUUCAACAUCCCAAUUACCGUCAAAGAUAUUAUCUCCGCAUCAACGCUCCGAGAUCUAGCCCGUCUUAUUCAGACUCAGGGCGAGUCACAGGUACAUGGCACACCACUGGCAUCACCAGAAGCUCAAGUCCAGCCACUUGGUCUAGAAACUCCUUCAUCGACAGAGAUCGAGUGGAUACAUCGUUACCAACAUUCAGAGACAACAACGAGCUUCAAUGUACCUUACUUUGCGGAGCUCUCGACUGAUGUUGACAUCCAAAAGCUGGCUUCUGCAUUCCAGAUAGUGUUUAAUCGCCAUCGAAUUUUGCGUUCCAGGUUUACAAGCCGGGGGGGGGGAUAA